AAAAUGUCAAAGGAAGAAGAGAAAGCGUAUUAUAGGAUUAAUGAAGCGGAGAUUAAGGAUGAUUUUGAAGAUGAGGAGGAAGAGGCAUCGGUAGGGGAGAAGAAGUCUAAAAAGAAUAUCUACAUUGUGAUAGCCUGCGUGCUUUUCUUAGUCGUAGCUGUAGUAAUACUCCUGCUUGUACUUUUACUUGUGGGUAAAUCAAGAAAACUACCUUCAGGGUAUAACGGAUUUGUGCAGAAGGAAGCAGCCAACCUGAGGCAUUCUUAUUUUGCCAAUAUUAGAAGAGAGAAGAAUGUAGCUGUGCCAGUUCAUUUUGAUGAAGAGACGAAUCCAGAGUUCACUAAUGUGGAUUUCCAUCUGUGUAUGAUCAGCCAAAGAGCUUAUAGGCUCUCGUACAGGCCAAAUAAAGAGCAUCUUGAUGGACAAGAAAGAUGGGAAGUACCAGAUUAUUUUAUUCAAGAGGAUGAGUGAGACGAGAGACUCAGACUUAGCUUUGGAGAAUUUGAAGUCUAUGAAGCUCCAUUUGGAUUUUCAUUGAAAAAUCCAACCCAUCGGAAUACAUUCUGGUUAUCUACCCAUGAUAGAAACCUACUACUAUCUGAUAAAUAUCUUGAAGUUGGAUUUGAGAUUCAUUCUCAAGAAGUUUUUGGAUGGGGAGAGAGAACAAGAGACUUUUUACUAGAAGAAGGAGAGUAUACAAUCUGGCCAACAGGGAUUAAAAAGACUGCAGAUCCCGGAGAACUAGGGUACAACACCUAUGGAGAUCAUCCAUUUGUCCUUGCAAGGCUGGAUGACAAUACUUACAUCGGUUUAUUCUUAAAGAACAGUAAUGCGAAGGUAUUGAAAUAUACUAAGGAGACUCAAGGAAGAUCCAUAAUUAACUUCAGAACUACAGGAGGAAUACUUGAUGUUUAUGCUUUCAUGGGAGACACUGCUGAAAAAGUCCUGCAAGAGUAUCACAACAUCAUUGGGAAGCCUCAUCUUCCUCCCUUCUGGGCUCUUGGGUUCCAGCAGGGUUCAACUAGCUAUACUACCACAGAUAUCGCACUAGACUCAGUUAAAAGAUACAAGGAAGCUGGCAUUCCUCUUGAGACUCUAUUUCUUGAUGAAAUAUGGAUGAAGAAGUAUUUGCCAUUCUCAAUAGAUACAGAAAACUUUGAUAUGAAAAAGUUGACUACAGAAUUGCACAACAACAAUCAGAAAAUGUACAUGUCAAUGCAUGCUUGCAUCCCAGUCUAUGAUUCUUACGGAGAAAUCUAUAGCUACUUCACCAGAGGGAAAAAGGUUUUCAUCAGAUCUGCAAGUGAGACCACUGAUUUUGGAGGAGAUAUCCUGAUUGGAGACUUUUUGCCAGGAAAAUGUGCUUAUGUAGAUUAUCUUAAAACAGGAGCUUAUCAAUUCCUUGGAGAUGGCCUUCGGACUCUUUGGAAUGAGUUCAAUUAUGACGGAAUUCAAUUUAAUUAUAACGAGAUUUACCAGGAUUGUGAUGGAGAGUGUCCUACUGACGACUCUAAAAAGGCUGCAAACAGAUUCGAUCACUUACCAUAUAACCCUCUUGGAAAUAGAAAUAGGGUUGGAUUAGAUUCAAACACUAUCUCGUUAGAUGCAGUCAUUGGAUCUCCUUCUGAGAGCACUAAAGAUGCAAGUGUCUCAUUCAAUAAUCAAGGACUUUAUGGAACAAUGCAAUCUUUAACUGCAUCAGCUUAUCUAGAAAACAAUGCUGCAUCGCCUCUUUACAAUAAAAGAGCAUUUGUAUUGUCAAGAUCUACUUUUCCAGGAGCUGGAAUUGGGGUUGGGCACUGGCUUGGAGAAAACACAAACACUUUUGAAGACAUGAGAUAUUCUAUUUCAGGAAUUCUUAACUUUAACAUGUUCGGGAUUCCAUUAAGCGGAGCUAAUGUUUGUGGUAGUGAAGGAAAUGAUGAUGAAGAAAUAUGUGCUAGGUGGUACCAACUCGCAUCUGUGUAUCCACUAUCCAGAUCUUAUUACAACACUAAGUUUGGUGAAAAGGAAGCAUGGGCAUUUGAGAAAGAAGAAUACCUUGAAGCAGCAAAGAACGCUCUUACAUUAAGACUCAGUUUGUUAAGAUACUUCUACACUAUCUUCUUUGAGAUUAGUCAAAAUGGGGGUUCCUUCUGGAGACCUCUUUUCUUUGAAUUCCCUGAAGAUGAUGGCACAACGAAAGACAUUGAGCAUACUUUCAUGAUUGGAAAAGCUUUGAAAUUUACUCCAGUACUCGAAUCAGCUGGAGGAAAUGGAAAAAUUAUGAGCUACUUCCCUAGCAAUUCAAGAUUUAUAGAUCUCAUCAGCUUGGAAGUUAUUGAAGUUAAAGGAAACGGAAAGCAAGUCUCUCUUGAAGCAAGGUGGGACUAUCCUCUGAUUCAUAUGAGAGAAGGGACUAUUAUCCCAUACCAAAAGUUUGGACAGUCAAUGACCACCAACGAGCUGGUGUCUGAGAACUAUAUUCAACUCCUAAUUUUCCCUGAUAGACAUCAAAAUGCAGAGGGUACUCUAUAUGUUGAUAAGGAUGGAAUUAGUCUUAAAGAAAUUUCCUCUAACACAUUUGAAUAUUAUAAGAUCACCUUUAGUGAGAACAUGAUCAGAAUUGCUUUGGCUGAUGGAUUUGAAACUUCUGGAAAACUUGAUAAGAACCAAAUUGUUGAAAACAUCACAGUUGUUGAUGCAGCUAUGUAUAAUGAUACUGAUUUUGCAUGCAUGUUUGAUGAAAAUAUGGACUCUACCCCUAUUGUUGUUGACUAUGAUGAAGAAAAAGAGACCUUACAUUUCCUACCAAGACAUGAAAAAGAAGUCAUCGAGCUUAGGUCUAUUAGAGGGAUUCAAUUUGGAAAUUCCAGAGAAGAUGAGAGCUUCUGUAAUCCAACCUAUGUCAUUUCUGAUAUCCAAGUUGAUAAAGAAGGAGACUAUGCAAACAAGAAAGUAACAGUGAAAGUUGAAGCAACUAAUGGAGAUAUGAGCUCUUUUGAUGCUGAGUUUUAUCUCUUAAAAGAUAAUCUCAUCAAUGUAGAUUUCGUCCCUGAUAUUUCUCCAGAGCCAUUUGAGAUGCCAAACAUAGUAUUGAACUCUACCUUAUAUCCAAACCGUAAAUCGUUCGCUACUGGAGAUAUAAUGUCGUACCUGAACCUUCCUAAGAUUGGUGAAAACUUCUACUUUGAGAUUCAUGCAAAGGAUAAUAAGAAAGAUCUGAUAUUCUCUUCGAAAGGGCAGCCAAUUGUGUAUACUAAGUAUUACAAGUCAAUGGGAGCCCAUGUUUAUGGCACUAAAAUGUUCGGAAUUGGCCAAAGAAUAGGAGAGUUCUGGAAAAACCCUGGCACUUAUGCUGUCUGGAAUAGAGGGGCAGAACAUGUAGAAGAGGAUGGUAUAAAUCCUGGUAAGAAUCUCUAUGGAUCCCACCCUGUUUACUUUGUGAGGAGGAAGAAAGGUGGUAAUGACUGGGUAGGAGUCUACGAGCAUAACUCAGGUCCUCAGGAAUUUGUAAUUGCUAGAGAUGGUAAUGGAAUGGAUAUUACGAAUAUUAAGACUACUGGAAGAACAAACAUGUUCUUUAUGCUCAACGAGGAAAUUGAUAAAGUAAUCUCAAACUAUUAUGAGCUUGUUGGCAAGCCAGUCCUUCCUCCAAGAUGGGCUUUCGGAUGGCACCAGUCAAGAUUUGGAUACAACACAACUGAUGCUUUGAAAGAAGUUUAUAAUGGAUACAGAGAGCAUGAACUACCUCUUGAUGGAAUUUGGAGCAGCGUCGAUGUUCUUGACGAUUUCAGGUCAUUCACAGUAGACGAGGAGAACUUUGAAGGGAUUAAAGAUUUUAUCAAUGAGAUUAAAGAGAAAGGCACCAGAUACGUUCCUAUUAUACAGUCAGGAAUUUCAGCAGGCAAUAAUGAUGCCUAUAAUGAUGGUCUUAAGAGAAAUGUCUUCAUGAUGUCUCCAGGAGGAGACUACAAGCCUAUUAUUGGAAGAAGCACAGCUGGAGAUGUAGUCUACGUUGAUUUCACUUAUCAUGGAUCCCCUAGUUACUGGCACGAUCAGAUGGAAAAGUUGAAUGAAAAGCUACCCUUUGAUGGAGUCUGGCUCGAUAUGAACGAGAUCACUAGUGAGUGUGACGGGUAUUGUUACGCAAGUCAGAGAGCGGAGGAUCCUAUUGACAAUAAGCUUUUCUAUUGGCCUGGAGGUAGAGAUCUUGAAGUAGGCACUGUAUCAAUAGAUGUUCAGCACGAACUAGGAAGCAUAGAGCUUGAUUCGCAUUCUUUGUAUGGAUUCUGGCAGACAUACAUGUCCCAUGUGUACUUUGGUAGUCUGAAUAAGAGACCAAUGGUGAUAAGUAGGAGUACAUUUGCUGGAUCAGGUAAAUUUGGAGGACAUUGGCUUGGAGAAAACAGGUCUUGGUACCAAAAUAUGAAACAAUCUGUUGAUAAUAUUCUGCUUUUUAACAUGUUUGGAAUCCCAUUCGUUGGAGACAAUGUCUGUGGAUUUAAAGGUAAUGCUGGUAUUGAAACAUGCACAAGAUGGUAUAAGGUUGCUGUCAUAUAUCCAUUCUCAAGAAACCAUAACGACUUCGGAACUGAUCCUCAAGAGCCAUACAUUGAAAGAUUUAAUGAGAUAGUUGAUAAGACAUUAAACAUCACUGCAACUGAGAUAAUUAGGAAAGCAAUGAUGACAAAGUAUGGACUGCAUAAUUAUAUGUAUACUCAGUAUCAUAAAGCAUCUAAGGAUGGUAAAGUUCCAUUGAAGCCUUUAUUCUUCAAUUACCCAAAUGAGCCUUACUCUUAUGACUACGUUUCUAGCAGCAUUCUAGUUGGAGAUGCUGUUCUGGCUUCUUUAGAUACGACAAGUGGAGUCAGACAGUAUUAUUACUUCCCAGGAAGGGGUGAAAUCUGGUGUCCUAUUUGGGAUAUAACGAAAUAUGAAUGUAUCAGAGGAGGUUCAAGGACUCUUUCUAAGAUUCCAAUUCAAGAUAUAUGGCUCCACAUUAGAGCUGGACAUGUAAUUCCAUUGCAACUCAGUGAUGCUAACAAGUUUGAUCUUUACACUGGACUUAGAAGUUUAGAUGACUUGCAGAAUCUUUACACUGACAUUGGUUUCUUGCUUGGCUCUGAUAAUGAAGCUCAUGGAGAGAUGAGAUUUGACGAUGGAGAAACAGUCGAUCUAGACCAUUACGAUGAGAUUAAAGUCCACGCUAAGGGAGAAAUCCCAUGGGUUGGUAGGAACAAGAUCGACAUCGAAUUUGAACUCACCCAUGCUGAAGCUACUGUGAUGACUAAUUCUCAGAAGCUUGGAGAAGUUCUUCUUUACAAUGCUAAAAAGCUUGGAUUUGUCAAGUCAGGAGAUGGAGACCUUGUCGACAUAGACAACAAGCAAUACCCUGUGACUUUCACAUAUGAUGAUAAGAUGGAUCUUGCUAGGAUCAAAUACGAAGCAGAGGAGGCAAUUCCAAUCAAGAAUGUGCAGAGAAUCCACAUUCAGCAGCCAAGAUAGUUGUUUGGGUAAUCUAUUUGCUUCCAAUCUGUCUUUUUAG